UAUUUUGGCUAGCGGGGCGAAGACGGCCUAAUAAACUGUUGCACAGCAUGAUGGCACUGCUCCUGGACACCAGACUGCUACUAAGAAAAGUGAAAGAUUUAAGGUGUUUCACGCCAAGACGGAACCGAGUGAAGGAAAAAUGGGCUGCCACACGCACCAAGCACCCUCCUACCGGUUUAGCCCUGCAGCACUUUGAUGCCACCUACAAUGUCCAGCUGGGGCAGCUGUGGCCAUCAGUCCGAGCCGCUCUGCUGUCAGAGAGGAAAUAUGGAGCCCUGCACAAUAAUUUCUCCCAAGAUGCUGUUAUGGCAGACUUAACAGCCCAGGGAUGCAGCAACUUCAUCAGUGACACAGAUGCAGAAGCUCAGCCAUGCUUGGAGCAAGAAUCUGAAGUUGCAGCCGGUGAUUCUAUGAAGAAAUCUGACCCUGAUCAUCAACAGCUCUCUCCUUUACAGCUUAGUCCUAACAUAAAAUGCUUUGUUUUCCCAAGAGGGGACAUCACAAGAUUCAAGCCAGCAAGACCAGACAUGUGCGGGUUGUUGGGUUACUACCUCAUGGACGCGGCAUCUGUGCUGCCCUGUCUUGCGUUGGAUGUUCAAGAAGGACACAAUGUGCUUGACCUGUGUGCUGCUCCAGGAGGCAAGACCCUGGCUUUACUUCAGACCCAGUCUAUAGGAUUUUUGUGUGUAAAUGAUGCCUCGGUGUCACGGACAUCGCGGCUGAGGAAGGUCCUCCACAGCUACGUUCCUAAGCAGUUUUUGACAGACAAGAAACUACGCAUUACCUCCUUUGAUGGCACCAAGUGGGGGGAAAUUGAAAGGAACACUUUCGACAGAGUCCUUGUUGACGUCCCCUGCACCACAGACAGACACUCGCUCAUGGAGGAUGACAACAAUAUAUUCAGUAAGAGCAGGACCGGUGAGAGACGAAGGCUGCCACAGCUACAGCUGGAGCUGCUGCUGGCGGGAAUCGUAGCAGCUUGUCCAGGUGGGGAGAUCCUUUACUCCACCUGCACUCUUUCUCAAAUCCAGAACCUGAGCGUGGUGGAGCAGGCCAUCUGCUUGGCUCAAGAGAACCACGGCAUCCACCUUCAGGUCAUUGAUCUGCGACCCCUCAUAAGCAUGUUUAGGAAAACCUUUCACUUUGCACCCGACCUCCACCUGGGUGAGAUGGUCAUCCCACACUUGGCCGCUAACUUUGGGCCCAUCUACAUGUGCAAGCUAAGGAGGCUUACAUAGAUUGUGGACAGCUUUGCUUGAAAGCUUGUGGACACUUGAAUGACUGUGGUACUGUUUAAUGGACUAAUGAGGCGAUCCUAUUGACUCUUUGGCUUCAGACUCAUGUAUAUGUAUUAUCUGCAGCUGUUGGAGGAGAUAGUAACAUCAUAGUUGUGGACUAUUGAAACAAGGGACUACAGUUGGUUUCAUUUGAUUUAUUUCAUCAUCAGAAAACCCAGAGAACCUGGAUGAUGACAUUAUAAUUGUGGACAGCUUUGAACUACCUUUUUAUAUGGAAACUUUUGGUCUCUGGUGAACCAACUGGAAAGCCAAAUUCAGUUUUAGGGGAUUCUUGUUUUGAGUGAGCUAAAACUCUGAUUUGACUAAGUCAGAAUGUGCUCAUGACUAUAACUAGCUUUGCAAUAUGUCUCUUUUAAUUGUAGUUUUUCUAUUCGCCCAGUAGGUGGCAACCGUACACAAAGUAUCCUGUAUAGUCUGUCCCCACUAGAGGACACUGAGGACAUGUCUCUAAAUGUUAUAUAUAUUGAAGGGAGCUCCUGUGUGUAUGUCCUCCUGCUCUGUGUCAGAUGCAUAGAGAUGAAUAUUUCAGUUUGGGGACUCACAUUACUGAAACACAAAUUUCCAUCACAAUUGCCUGAAAUGGGUUUGGCUUGUUCUACGGUUAUUCAUCAGGUUUGAUGGCUUUGCCUAAUACGACGAUGUGGGUGAGUGUGUGUAAGGAGGGAGUAAUGAACAGGCGGGUAAUGACUUAUUUGACCAUUUGGCUUCUAACAUAUGAAACUAUGCAACUUUCAUUAUUAUAGUUGGAUUGACUCUGUUUUGCAUUGACAUCGCUCAGAGGUGAAGUGUUUCCUCUUAUCACAAGCUAAUGUGAGCGGAGAGGUGCCUCUUUUUCCAUCACACCACCGAUGACCCUUUAUGUUGUCCUGGCCAGGCAAUGUAGCGUGAAAAAGGUGUGUGUGUGUGUGUGUGUGUGUGUGUCUAACGAGUCCACCAUCCACAUCCCACUGUCAUUAAGCUGCUCCAAGUGCUGGAAGCUGACUCCCAUCCCCGCGCAGGGAUGGACGGCAGCCAUGCGGCUCCCAGAUGAACAUUAAAGAGGCAGCGGAGAGCUAAAAUGGGACGUCUCGCCCUGUUUUGCCCCUCCGCUUUUUUAUUCCACAGAUGAGUGCAGAUAAUUUUCUGUGCGAUUGUGAGUGAUUACUGUAUUACUGUGGUAAAAGGGGGAUGUAUCUGGGAAUGCAGAGGGAAUUAAUGACACAUAAAAACUAUUUUUGUAUUGACUGCUUUCGUCUCCAGGGCCCCAAAUGCCCCUUCUUGUGAUUACCUAAACGUAUUGUAAAUAUGUGUUUCCUAUGGGCUCUUACAUAAAUUUACAUGUUUUAACACUCAGGAGACGGCAGACUGUUAGCGAUGAGUUACUCUCUAUUCUGCCUGUCUAUAGACUCCACUGGCUGUCUGCUUUAUUAUUGAGUUAGCCAAUGAACCGCUGUGCAUUUGUGUCCCUGUGUGUAAGCCUGUGUUAGGGAGACAUAUUCUGUGUAUUAGAAAGAUGAAUAUUAUAGAUUUAACCAAACAACCGUGCUUCUGUUGUGUUUUCAAAUACAAUGUAGAUGUUUUUAAUAAACAUGCAAAACACUGUAA